AUGUGCUCGUUUAAUUUGGAAUACUACGGUGCAAGUUUAAUCUUAGUCACUGAUACCGGUAUUAUUCUUGGUCGUAUCGAUAGUAUACAAAAGUUACUUAAACGUACACUGACAUUAGGCGAGUCCGUCCGACGCAUCACGCUCGUAGAUAAAGAAAAAAUCUAUGCAGUUUUAACUCAAUCAAGACAUGAAUAUCAAGCAGAUGGUGCUUUACUCGUUAGUAAACAAGCUCAUCAGAAAAUAGAUUGUACAACUAAAAUAAAAGCAAUCGAAGAUUUGACAGCGGAACAAAAUGAGAGUGAUAAUUCAAGUUCAAUCGUUUAUUUUAGAUCAACAUAA